UCUUUCUCAUCAAUUUCUCUAUCGUCACAUUGUAUCCUCUUUCGAAAAAACUCUCUUCCUUUCGCAAUCAUCGCUGGACAAAACAAAGCUUUGUAAAUGCCGUUUGGAUAAUCAUGAACGUACAAGAUUCUCCUCCUUAAAAAACGUUCUUUACUUAUUCCUCCUUCUCAAUUCAAACAAAUGAAAGGAAACAAACAAAACCCAGAAUCUAUAUCUUCCUUUCUUUAUAAUGUUCCUCUUUACAUUGCUCGAUCACUUUAAGGAGCAAAAGUGGUUCACUUCUCCUAGUUCCAUAGUUUUAUGACCAGUGGUAUUAUGGGACGCAAGAAUUCUUGUUUAGCAUUGGUUUUGCUUGUUGUUUUAGUUUUUCAAUGUGUUUGGGUUGAAAGAGUGUGGUGUGUUACAGUGACGUAUGAUCACAAAGCUCUGGUGAUUGAUGGAAAGAGAAGGGUUUUGCAGUCUGGUUCUAUUCAUUAUCCUCGAACCACUCCUGAGGUGUGGCCAGAAAUUAUUAGGAAAUCAAAGGAAGGGGGGCUGGAUGUGAUUGAGACUUAUGUGUUUUGGAACUAUCAUGAGCCUGUGAGAGGACAGUACUACUUUGAAGGCCGGUUUGAUUUAGUGCGGUUUGUGAAAACGGUUCAGGAAGCUGGUCUUUUUGUUCAUCUGAGGAUUGGCCCAUAUGCCUGUGCUGAAUGGAAUUAUGGGGGUUUCCCACUUUGGUUACAUUUCAUUCCUGGGGUUCAGUUUCGAACAAGUAAUGAUAUAUUUAAGAAUGCAAUGAAGAGUUUUCUGACAAAAAUUGUCGAUCUAAUGAAGGAUGAUAAUCUUUUUGCAUCACAAGGAGGACCAAUCAUUCUUGCUCAGGUUGAGAAUGAAUAUGGAAAUGUUCAAUGGGCAUAUGGGGUUGGUGGAGAAUUAUAUGUCAAAUGGGCUGCAGAAACUGCUAUUAGUCUAAACACAACUGUACCUUGGGUGAUGUGCGUACAAGAAGAUGCUCCUGAUCCAGUUAUAAACACAUGCAAUGGAUUUUACUGUGACCAGUUUACCCCAAAUUCCCCUUCCAAACCAAAAAUGUGGACUGAGAACUAUAGUGGAUGGUUUCUUGCAUUUGGCUAUGCAGUUCCUUAUCGACCUGUUGAGGACCUAGCAUUUGCUGUUGCACGAUUUUUUGAGUAUGGAGGUUCUUUUCAAAACUAUUAUAUGUAUUUUGGUGGAACCAACUUUGGACGAACUGCGGGAGGUCCUUUGGUUGCAACAAGCUAUGAUUACGAUGCCCCGAUAGAUGAAUAUGGUUUUAUUAGACAGCCAAAGUGGGGCCACUUACGUGAUUUGCACAGUGCAAUAAAGCAGUGUGAAGAAUAUUUGGUCAGCUCAGAUCCAGUUCACCAGCAGCUAGGCAACAAGUUAGAGGCACAUGUCUACUAUAAGCAUUCCAAUGAUUGUGCAGCCUUUCUUGCCAAUUAUGACAGUGGUUCAGAUGCAAAUGUCACAUUUAACGGCAACACGUAUUUUCUUCCUGCAUGGUCUGUGAGCAUACUUGCAGAUUGCAAGAAUGUCAUUUUCAACACGGCUAAGGUUGUUACGCAAAGACAUAUAGGAGAUGCUUUGUUUUCCCGCUCCACCACUGUUGAUGGAAAUUUAGUGGCGGCAUCACCAUGGAGUUGGUAUAAAGAGGAAGUGGGUAUUUGGGGUAACAACUCUUUUACAAAGCCAGGUUUACUGGAGCAGAUUAAUACAACAAAAGAUACCAGUGAUUUUCUAUGGUACUCAACCAGUCUUUAUGUGGAAGCUGGACAAGACAAAGAACACUUAUUGAAUAUUGAGAGUUUGGGGCAUGCAGCACUUGUUUUUGUUAACAAGAGAUUUGUAGCUUUCGGAUAUGGCAAUCAUGACGAUGCAAGCUUCUCACUCACUCGGGAAAUUAGUCUUGAAGAAGGGAAUAACACACUGGAUGUUUUAAGCAUGCUGAUUGGUGUACAGAACUACGGACCAUGGUUUGAUGUUCAAGGAGCUGGAAUUCAUUCUGUUUUUCUUGUUGACUUGCACAAGAGCAAGAAAGAUCUCUCUUCCGGGAAAUGGACCUACCAGGUGGGACUUGAAGGGGAAUACCUUGGACUGGAUAACGUCAGUCUUGCAAAUAGUUCACUGUGGAGUCAGGGGACUUCUCUACCUGUUAAUAAGAGCUUGAUAUGGUACAAGGCUACUAUCCUUGCUCCUGAAGGGAACGGUCCCCUAGCCUUGAAUCUAGCAAGCAUGGGGAAGGGCCAGGCAUGGAUUAACGGGCAAAGCAUAGGACGAUAUUGGUCCGCCUAUCUAUCACCAUCAGCCGGUUGCACCGACAAUUGUGAUUACAGAGGUGCUUACAAUUCAUUUAAAUGCCAAAAGAAAUGUGGUCAACCUGCUCAAACACUGUAUCAUAUUCCACGCACUUGGGUUCAUCCUGGUGAGAACCUACUGGUCCUACAUGAAGAACUUGGAGGUGACCCUUCACAGAUUUCUCUGCUCACACGAACUGGCCAAGAUAUAUGCUCUAUUGUAUCAGAAGAUGAUCCUCCACCAGCUGAUUCCUGGAAACCAAACUUAGAGUUCAUGUCUCAAAGUCCAGAAGUUCGGCUGACCUGUGAACAUGGAUGGCACAUUGCUGGUAUCAACUUUGCUAGCUUUGGAACUCCUGAAGGAAAAUGCGGAACGUUCACUCCAGGGAAUUGUCAUGCUGACAUGUUAACAAUUGUGAAGAAGGCUUGCAUUGGCCAUGAAAGAUGUUCAAUUCCUAUAUCAGCAGCUAAACUUGGUGACCCCUGUCCUGGAGUUGUAAAACGCUUCGUGGUUGAAGCUCUAUGCAGUGAAUGAUUCCAAUGCUGCUCCGACGGAGGCGAUUACUAUAAUGGCUUCCCAAUAACAACUCUGGCUCUCCAGACUUGUCUUUCAAAUCUGUGAUUUUGAUUGUCCUGCAUAUUUCAGAAAUAAGCAUUUCAAGCAGCCAGUCAGUUUCUUCACUAUCUUGUAUUUGUUAAAAACUCAAACAAGCAAUAUAAGUUCACAUAUGUGCCGCCAUGUAAACACUAUACAACUUCAAGGUACCAAAUACUCAGUUCAUUGCUUAUCUUUA